AUGUCGGUCAGUUCAUUCUCUCUCUCCCUCUCUCUAUCAAUGUCAGUCAGUUCAUUCUCUCACUAUCUAUCUAUCUAUCUAUCUAUCUAUCUAUCUAUCUAUCUAUCUAUCUAUCAGGAUAUGUGUAUUAUCUAUCUAUCUAUCUAUCUAUCUAUCUAUCUAUCUAUCUAUCUAUCUAUCUAUCUAUCAGACUAUAAAUAUAAAUGCGUUAUACGCACAUCUAUCUAUCUAUCUAUCUAUCUAUCUAUCUAUCUAUCUAUCUAUCUAUCUAUCUAUCGCCUACUCAUUUUUCUUUUUUUUUCUUUCUUUCUGUCUUUUCUUCUUUCUUUCUACUUAUCUAUCUAUCUAUCUAUCUAUCUAUCUAUCUAUCUAUCUAUCUAUCUAUCUCAGUCUGUUCAUCUCUCUCUCUCUUACUCUCUCUCUAACCUUUUCUCUAUCUCCUUCUCUUUGUUAGGCUACUACGACUGGAUUUUCAAAGCAAGCCACAUCCACAUAAUUCAAUCCAUUUGGUUUUUGCUUUUAUCUCUCUCUCUCUCUCUCUCACUAUCUAUCUAUCUAUCUAUCUAUCUAUCUAUCUAUCUAUCUAUCUAUCUAUCUAUCUACUCUUUAAUUUUAUCCGGUAUCAGGCCAUAA